AUGCUGGUAUUCGGCGUCGCUUCUUCUACAGGCUGGGUCUUAAAUCCGUUGCUUCUUGGAGGAGACGCCACAAACAAGCAACUGCCACUGGUGGCGUGGUACGGGUUGGAAACGAGCGACAGUCCUAUUUACGAGAUGCUGUACGUGUCGCAAUGCCUCGUUAUCUUCUACUGCUUCCUCGCCAGCUGGGGACUAGAUCUGUUUCUUGCCUCUGUUAUGAUACACAUUUCAGCUCUGCUGAAGAUCGUUUGUAUUCGUUUCUCUCUCGUGACUGCUACAACAAAUUACAGCAACCCUAGCACUCAGGUGUACCAGCGAAACAAAACACCUGCAGCUCCAGAAAAUAACCACGAGAUGAUUAUGAUGGAUGUAGCUACGACUGAAUACAUGCAUCAGCACUGUGACACCAACGGUCUGCUAUGGGCCUCAAAAUUUGCCACUUACCUGCUGAUGCUUGUUUUCCAAAUAUUUAUUUACUGCUGGUGCGCGCACGAUAUCAUGGAACAGGGCCAGCUGGUGGCGGACGCGGCGCUGUCUGCGGGCUGGCCGGACGCUCCGCCCACCGUGCAGAGGGCGCUGCUGUUCGUGGCGGUGCGCGCCCAGAGGCGGCUGGCCAUCACCGCCGGCCGGCUGCAGCCCGUCACCAGGGACUCCUUCCUGGCGGCGCUGAGGCGGCCGCUGCCCUCUGGAGCGUUUAUCGUGGGGGGCCGCGCGCGCUCGGCUCGGCAAUUGGAUUCGCACCGAGCUGGUGGUAUUUUGCCUUCCGCCCCGGCACGGAGGUGUGGUCUAGUUGUUGGUGGGCCUCGUUGA